AUGGAGCUAUGUGAGGCAUACUGUAUCAAGCCAGCUGGCUCUAUCACCAGCUUGCCUAAAUAUACUGUCUCGGGUUUCCUGCCAAUCAGCGUGACCCCCGCAACGUUUUCAGCCGCGAACAUAGCCAUACCCACAAGUACCAGUGACCCCGGCUACGAAUUCAUUGAGCCCACACUGCUACCCACUGCCCCAGGAACUAUCUCAGGCUGUUACUUCUAUGCAAAUCCGAUGUAUACCAGCAAUACCUGCCAGUAUCUCGCGGCUGGAUACGACGUCUCCUUUGACGACUUGUUGAUGUGGAACCCCAGCCUCGACCAUAACGCGACCAACUGUACCACCACUUCGACCAACAGUUACUGCGUACAGAGAUAUGAAAACAGCACUAAACCGGACGAUGAUUUCACAUAUUGCGCUCCUGCGAGCACUACGGAGGCCGGUACUGCCUCAGACUGCGACCGAUUUACCACCAUUGACACUCAAGACAUCGGAAGUAUGGCGCCUUAA